AUGUUUGUAUCCAACUUCAUUGCGCUGUGCCUUUUGGCUGUGGCCGUGUCCGGUCAGGACAAAAAGAUGAGUCCCCAUGCAACCUCCAUGGCAGACACCAGUGCAAAUCUGGCCUUUAGUCUCUACCACAAUAUGGCCAAAGAAAAGGAUCUUGACAACAUCCUCAUCUCUCCUGUGGUGGUGGCCUCCUCUCUGGGCAUGGUCGCCAUGGGGGGGAAAUCCUCCACUGCGACCCAGGUGAAGAGUCUCCUGAAGGCUGACACCCUGAAGGAUGACCAUCUGCACACAGGCCUGUCCGAGCUUCUGAAUGAGGUGAGCGACCCCCAGGCCCGCAACGUCACGUGGAAGAUCAGCAACAGGCUGUACGGCCCAAGCUCUGUCAGCUUUUCCGACGACUUUGUCAAGAACAGCAAGAAGCACUACAACUACGAACACUCGAAGAUCAACUUCCGUGAUAAGAGAAGCGCCAUUAACUCCAUCAAUGAGUGGGCUGCCAAGUCAACUGACGGAAAGCUGCCAGAAAUUACCAAGGAUGUGAAAAACACAGAUGGGGCUAUGAUUGUCAACGCUAUGUUCUUUAAACCCCACUGGGACGAGAAGUUCCACCACAAGAUGGUUGACAACCGUGGUUUCCUGGUUUCCCGCUCUCACACAAUCUCUGUUCCAAUGAUGCAUCGCACAGGUAUCUAUGGCUUCUAUGAAGACACACAGAACAGGCUGUUUGUGGUCAGCAUGCCUUUGGCACAUAAGAAGUCCAGCAUGAUUUUCAUCAUGCCCUACCACGUGGAGCCCCUGGACAGGCUGGAGAAACUGCUUACCCGCCAGCAGCUGGACACCUGGGUCAGCAAGCUCGAGGAGAGAGCAGUCGCCAUCUCUCUGCCUAAAGUUAGCAUGGAAGUCAGCCACGACCUUCAGAAACACCUUGCGGAACUUGGUCUCACUGAAGCUGUGGACAAGUCUAAGGCAGACCUGUCCAACAUUUCUGGCAAGAAGGAUCUUUACCUCGCCAAUGUCUUCCAUGCCUCUGCCUUGGAGUGGGACACAGAGGGAAACCCAUUUGACGCCAGCAUUUAUGGUAGCGAGAAGAUUAGGAACCCGAAGCUCUUCUACGCCGACCAUCCCUUCAUCUUCCUUGUGAAAGACAACAAGACCAACUCCAUUCUGUUUAUGGGCAGGCUAGCUCGGCCUAAGGGUGAUAAAAUGAGAGAUGAAUUGUAACUUUCAGGCUAUUUGAGUUUUAUGUUUUAAAAUGGUAUUAUUGUUAUUAAUGGUGUGACUGUUACCUCAAGUGGCCAUUCCAAUGGAUCAUCAGUGUAUAGACAAUCACAACAUGUCAGUACAAAAACCUAUUUUUAAGGAGACUAGUUGUAAACAUCAGGAGCAAUGCAAUACCAUAAGUGAAGAAUUAGAGCCCUACAAAUGUAGCCAGAGGUUUGACAUCAAUUAGUUAUUGUAUUCAAUCAGACACUAUGCUUAUAUUAAGCAUAGUGCCAUUGAUGUUAAGCAUUUAUGAUUGUGCUUGUAGAGCCUUUAUGAGUAGGCUAUGUGACAUCUGCGUAGGGUUUGCCUUAUCUUUAAUGUUUAAAGGGAAAAGGUAGUCCUAUCCGAGUAUUUCUCAAGCACAGUUGGUAGGUUCUAUGAUUUCACUUCCAUCCAAAAAAGAAAAAGAAAAACUCUCCUGCAUUGAUGCCUGUCUCCAGUUUGUUAGAUGUUAUUUUUCAGUAUGUCUUUAGAUCUUUUGAGAAAGUGUGCUGAUUUUUUUCUUCAUUUCAUUCAGCUGUUUUUUUCCAAUAAACUGAAAAUUCAAA